CCGAUCGAUUCCGGGAAGCAUGGAAACGGGAGAGCCGGGUUCGUUUGGGACAAGAAUUCACGAUUGCGGGAUACCGAGAGAUUGCCAUUGCAAGAAGCCGCCGGUUUUUACGGGGGUCAAGCGCAUUUCAAACAGACGAGGGAGAAGAGAAGGAGGAAUUGAGCGAAGAGUAAACAGACGAGGGAGAAGAGAAGGAGGAAUUGAGCGAAGAGAACAUGGCAGCGUUGACCGCGGACGAGCAGGCGGGACACACAGCACAUGUCGCGGGGUUGAUAUAUGCACGAGAGAUGAUGGAGCAGGCAGGAGUAGUGGCCAGUAGACGAUCGCAGUUCCGCAUGUCCAGUAUUGAUUGGCAUCGAUUGUUAGGGGUUGGAUCCGUACAAGAGGACAAGGAUGCAUACAAGAAGCGAAAAAGGGCGCCAUACGAGGAUGAGGCAGACGAGGCGAGGGUGGAUCGGUGGAUGCGGAUGAGGAAGAUGGACACGGCAACGCCAUUGCAGCGGAUGAUGGGCGAGACAGCCCAGUUUCGCGGAUUACAGAAAGAGGCGAUCGAGGCCAUGGUAGCCGGCGAAAGCCCCGUAGUGGCCGUGAUGCCGACAGGGGCAGGCAAAAGCAUGUUGUUCAUGUUGCCAGCGUGGGCCGAGCAAGGUGGUACCACCGUGGUUGUCGUCCCGUUGAUCGCGUUGCGAGGAGACAUCCAUCGCAGAUGUCAGAAAGUAGGAAUAUCAUGUGCCGAGUGGGAGAAUCGCCGCCCGCCCGAUGCAGCAGCCGUCGUAUUGGUAACGCCCGAGUCGGCCGUCAAGGUGGAAUGUACGACAUUUUUGAACCGGAUGAGAGCAACACGGCGAUUGGAUCGUAUCGUCAUUGAUGAGUGUCAUAUUGUGUUGAACCGUCGAUAUACGUUCCGCAAGGAGAUGCAGCCGUUGGGCAAGUUGGUAGGCGCAGAGACGCAGAUGGUGUUGUUGACAGCAACGUUGCCGCCGCGUGAAGAAGACCAUUUGUUCCGACGCAUGCAUUUCGAUCGAGACGAGGUGAAGAUAUUCCGGGCCGCGACAACAAGGAUAACCAUAUCGUACCGCGCGAUUCCGAUAGGCAAAGAGGUGCGGAAAAGGGCGGUAGAGGGGAUCCCAUCACGGAUGAUACAGCAAAAGAGUACGAGAUACAGGACGGGCAAGAUUGUGAUAUACGGGAAUUCGGUGGCCAAGGUCAAACGAUUGGCACAGGAGGUAGGGUGCGAUGCGUACCAUCACGAUGCGGCCGGCAAGGCAAGCAUGGUAGAAGCGUUCAUGGCCGGAAAGCAAAGGAUGAUAGUUGCAACGAGCGCGUUAGGAAUGGGGGUUGAUAUAGCGGACAUUCGGUGUAUCAUCCACGUCGAUUGGCCGUUUUCGAUGAUGGAUUACGCGCAAGAGAGUGGAAGGGCCGGGCGAGAUGGGUUACCGAGCGAGGCGGUUGUUAUCGCGCAUGCAGGAGAUCCAUGGAGGGCCGAAGACCAGCAGACCCAAGCCGAGCAGGCGAUGGUUCGAUCAUACGUGGAAGGGCCGAAUGGGUUGGCGCAAUGUAGGAGGGUGGUUUUGGAUGGAUAUUUGGAUAGGCGGGGAAGCGAGCGAGUACGGUGCGAAGAAGGGGAAGAGAAAUGUGAUGUAUGCCGCGGAAAUGUGGAUCAUGUGGAAGAGAACGAGGACGUGUCAGACGCGAGUGAGGCAGAUGAUCAAGAGGCAGAUGAUCAAGAGGCAGAUGAUCAAGAGGCAGAGAAGGAACAGCAGAGACAGGUGUUUCGACAGCAAGAGCGCGAACGUCAGGCGGCGCGGCAGCGAUUGAUAGAAGAGCGACAGCAAGCGUUUGGAGAGAUGGAGUGGUUGCGUAGGCAAUUAGCAUUGUGGUCGAAUCGUUGCGGGAUAUGCGCGGCAGCCGGGGAAGGACGGGAAGGACAGGAAGGGCAUGACGUACGGCAGUGUUGGCGAGCAGAAAGUCGACAAGC